CUUGCUCUGCGGCCGGCUGCAUGACAGCGGAUCGUGGGAUCCUUUAAGGAAGAGUCCUUGCCAGACGCACCCAUCUCCACCCUCAACCCCACUCGUCUCUCUCCCCGCGGUCUAGGACCACCAGGAUCAGUUUCGGGGUUGUCUUUCUCCAGUGAGAGUUGGGAGAACAGGCUUGCAAAGAAUAAGAGGAGGCAGAGGAAAAGAAGGAACAGUAGUGUUGUGAAUUCCUUUGGACAAUUGAUGAUAUUUAUCACUGUGCUCGUCUUCUACACAUAAAAGAUGGGUGGAUUAUUUUCUCGAUGGAGGACAAAACCUUCAACUGUAGAAGUUCUGGAAAAUAUCGAUAAGGAAAUUCAAGCAUUGGAAGAAUUUAGGGAAAAAAAUCAGAGAUUACAAAAAUUAUGGGUUGGAAGAUUAAUUCUCUACUCUUCAGUUCUUUAUCUGUUUACAUGUUUAAUUGUAUAUUUGUGGUAUCUUCCUGAUGAAUUUACAGCAAGACUUGCCAUGACACUUCCAUUUUUUGCUUUUCCAUUGAUCAUCUGGAGCAUAAGAACAGUGCUUAUUUUCUUCUUUUCCAAGAGAACAGAAAGAAAUAAUGAAGCAUUGGAUGAUUUAAAAUCCCAGAAGAAAAAAAUACUUGAAGAAGUCAUGGAAAAAGAAACUUAUAAAACGGCUAAAUUAAUUCUUGAAAGGUUUGAUCCAGACUCAAAGAAAGCAAAGGAGCUUGAGCCGCCAUCUGCUGGAGCAGCUGUAACUGCAAGACCUGGACAAGAGAUUCGUCAGCGAACUGCGGCUCAGAGAAACCUUUCUCCAACACCACCAAGCUCUAGCCAGGGCCCUCCUCCACAAGUUCCAGUAUCUCCUGGACCACCAAAGGACAGUUCAGCCCCUGGUGGACCUCCAGAAAGAACUGUUACUCCAGCCCUAUCAUCAAAUGUGUUACCAAGACGUCUUGGAUCCCCUGCUACUUCAGUGCCUGGAAUGGGUCUUCAUCCUCCGGGUCCACCUUUAGCAAGGCCCAUUCUCCCACGAGAAAGAGGUGCUCUGGAUAGAAUUGUUGAAUAUUUAGUUGGUGAUGGUCCACAGAACAGGUAUGCCCUUAUAUGUCAGCAGUGUUUUUCUCAUAAUGGCAUGGCUUUGAAAGAAGAAUUUGAAUACAUUGCUUUUAGAUGUGCCUACUGUUUUUUCUUGAAUCCUGCAAGAAAAACUAGACCUCAGGCUCCAAGACUUCCAGAGUUUAGUUUUGAGAAGAGGCAGGCAGUGGAAAGCUCAAGUUCAGUUGGUCCUUUGCCCUCAAGAAGUGUGAUUUCAUCAGAGAACCAGAUCAGUGAAGAAUCUGUAGAAGAACAAGAUGUUCUUGAUAACAGUACAGAGCAGACAGAGGAGAAAAUAUCAGAUAUAGAAGAGACAGACCAAGGGACUGAAAAAGUGUCUGGUACAGAGGAACCAGAGGAGAAACAAGAGGCUGAAAAUGAGGACACCUCAAUGAAUGAAGCCAAAUCAGCAGUCUCUAGAGCUGAUUCUACUCCUUAUCCUGAACUCAGUGGAGAAUCUUUGAUGGCCAUGUAGUAAAUGCUUCCACGUGCCUUCAACUGGAUAUUUAUAGUCUUGUUGAUGUCAGUUAUUGCUUUCUAGGUGGUGCUUUCUUUUUUUCCCUCGUAAGGAUAUAUGCUUGAUAUCAUUGGAAUUUAGAUUGCUUGGCUAUUUCAAUAUGUCAGAGUUGUAGCUCCUGGGUCUUAAAUUAAAGGCAAGUGGUAUCAGUAAAGUAAGAACCUUUGGAAUGUAUAAAGACCCACACUGUUUAGCCAGGUAUUAGAUGUUUUCUUCCAUUCUAAAAGUAAACAAAAUAGCAUUCUUGUUUUCUCUGUGUGUGACCUAUAAAUAAUACCAUUUUGACAUAGGAAGAACUUUGGUUAUGAAUAAGUUCUAAUGGUGUUUAUUUUAAGGACUGAAACUCAAUUAAGAUUUUUAAUCAUUCAUCAUCAAAAAUGGAUGGACUUUUAAUUCUUGAGGUAUUUGCAGGGGUGAUGUCUACUUAGGCAUUUACAUUAAGUGGUAGGAAAGUUAUAACUGUAUCUCUAUAGGCAUUGGUACGAAUUCUCGGUAAGAAUGCAGUUGAACAGUCAAGUGCAGUGUUUCUUCUUUGAUGUUUCUUAUUUUGCAGCUGGGCCAAAGGCACAUGAUAUAUAUAAUUAGCUUAUGUUUACAUAUUAACAUAUAGGAAAUAUCUCUGCACUUGACUGUACUUGAAUUCUGAGCAUUAUUUAUACUUGUAAAAUAAUGGUGAUAUAUAAGUGAAUUUUGUGCUCUUGUGUGUAUUUUGUUAAGGAAAAUAAAGAUGAUCUGGCAGCA